GCCGUGGUCAUCGUCGCCUUUACCAUCGUUGCUGUUAUUGUUGUUGCCGUUAUUAUCGUAGUUCACAUGUAUGUAAUCGGAAGAAAUUGCGGAUCUCAAAGGCAGUAAACGAACGCCAGCUUUGGAUUACAGUGAUAUAAACAUCUCCAAUGAUUAUCAUACAAGAUGACUAAAAGGAAACCUUCCAAGAUGACGACGUUUGUCCUUGCGGUUUUGUGGACAAUGGUGGGCACCAGUGCGUACAGAAAUGUACAACCGGAAACCGGAACAUUCCGGCGAGACAGUGUAGAAGCUACUCCCUCGCAUGGGAUGGAGAAAACAGCGGCAUACACCGGGGAGGAAGUUUUCGGAACGAAAUCACUGCCUUUGAGGAGUGCUGUUGAAAGUACUCCAGCAUUGUUGGUUGACGAUCAUGUGCCGCUCAGAGAUGCCGUGGAGUUUCGGAUUAUCGACAUGAAUAAUGCUAUCGAAGAUGUCGUGAGCGAUGUGAAGACAGUAGUCACUGUGCAAAAGCAAGAAUUCAAUUCCGGUGAAAGAAAUAACUAUCGAGCGCCGUCAAAUCCAUUCUUUCAUAACCGAUACGCAGCGUACUCAUUUCCUACCCAGUAUGAUACUGAAAAUCCACAGCCAUUUCGAUUUGGUUCUCCGUACCAGCAGCUGGUAGACAUAAGUACCUUGGAUAGAUUGCCCGUAGUGGAGUACAAUCAGCUCAAACAGGGUCGUGCGGAUUACAAAGUUGUUUGCCACAUGACCAAUUGGGCUUUUUAUAGACAGAAUAAAGCUCAGUUUGUGCCGGAGCAUAUUGAUAAUCGAUUGUGUACGCACAUUGUAUACUCGUUUGCAACACUGGAUCCUGCAACUCUACGUUUGAAGGAAUUCGAUCCUUGGGCGGAUAUUGACAAUAAUAUGUAUCGACGCGCUAUUCAAGCUGGUGGGUCUAGUGUACCGGUUCUGUUAGCUAUUGGCGGAUGGACGGAUUCAGUUGGUGACAAAUAUUCUUCGAUGGUCGGCUCACCACAAAAUCGCAAAAACUUCAUCCAAAAUGCUGUGUACUUUCUUAGAACUCACGGAUUUUCUGGGAUACAUUUCGACUGGAAUUAUCCAGUUUGCUGGCAGAGCGAUUGUUCCAAGGGACCGUCAAGCGAUAAACCGAAUCUUACUCAAUUUAUUAUGGAAUUGCAGAGGGAAUUCUCACGUGAAGGCCUGCUGGUUAGUAUGAGUGUGUCUGGGUAUAAAGAAGUUAUCACUGUCGCUUAUGAUAUCGCCAAACUGUCGAGUAUUGUGGAGUUCAUAACUGUCAUGUCCUAUGAUUAUCACGGCUCAUGGGAGACACAAACUGGCCAUGUUAGUCCUCUGUAUGGGAGCUCUGGAGACGUAUAUCCACAGUACAAUGUCGACUACACAAUGCAGCUGUUAGUAAAAAUGGGUGCACAGAAGGACAAAUUGAUUAUGGGUGUUCCUUUGUAUGGUCAGAGCUUCACCUUAACACGUAGUAGAGACCAGAAUGAGGCAGCUGGAUUUGGGACUGCGUCGUCAGGACCGGGCAACGCUGGUGAAUACACUAAGCAGCCAGGCAUGUUGGCAUACUUCGAAAUAUGUCAAAGAGUACGUAAACAGAAGUGGAAAGUUGGUAGAGAUUCAGAACGCAGAACUGGCCCCUUUGCUACCUAUAAAAAUCAAUGGGUUGGAUACGACGAUCCGAUCUCAGUAGCAUCCAAAGCAAAUUAUGUGGUGAAGGGCGGAUACGGGGGCGUAUCUGUUUGGACAAUAGAUCUUGACGACUUCCAGAACAGCUGCUGUGAAGAAAGAUAUCCUGUGUUGAGUGCUAUCAAUCGAGUCCUUGGUCGACUUAGCACUCCACAACCGACUUUGAUUGAUUGUACACCACCACCAAUACCCGUGACUCCUCCACCGGUUGAAAUGACAGUUGCCGUGGACAGUGGAGGAGGAGCUCCUACAACAUCUGCCACUACAUGGCCAUCUUGGCAAGAACCUUCUACUACUAGAAAACCUAGCAGCACCACUACUACUACCACUACUACAACAACUGAGAGACCGACUACAACAACACGCAGAACCACCACCCGAAGCACCACCACUCCAACAACUACAAGAAGAACUACAACCACCACUACGUUUGCUCCUCCAACGACAGUUGGAACAACAAUCCCAGCUCCAGGAUUAGUUCAACCAGAACUUUCCGAGGGAGAACCGUGCGAACCGAACCAGUACAAAGCGCAUCCACACAGUUGCAACUCAUACUACCGAUGUGUUUAUGGAGAGUUACGGCAGCAGUUUUGCGCCGGUGGUCUCCACUGGAACGAAGCAGCCAUGCUGUGCGAUUGGCCUUCGUCAGCAAAAUGCACUAGAGACCAAACAAUUGCAAUACAACCGCAAUUCACAACAACCACAGGUGCUCCCACGACAACACGUCGUAGAACUACCAGGCCUACCACGAGUGCUACGAGAUGGACAACAACACGACCGCAUACAACAUUCACACCACCGACGAGAAAACCAUCCCCCACCAAUACGCGGCCAACGAAAAAACCUACUACGAAAAAGCCUCUGCAGAAACCAAACGAAAAAUGCAUCAAUGGUGAAUAUUACCCCCAUAAAAGUUGCGACAGUUUCUACAUUUGUGUCAACGAGAAAAAGAUAUCACAGCAAUGUGGUCCCGGUUUGUUCUGGAAUCAGGAGGAGAAGAGCUGUGAUUGGGAGGACAAUGUUAACUGUGUCAGUCGGUGGAAAUACUACAAACUGCUUGCGAAGUUCAGCGAAUCAGCAUCAUCGAAAGUUCUUUCUGAAAAUGAUCCUUGCGAUGGUCAAACGCACGUACCAUAUCCAGGCGACUGCACACAAUAUUUGAUAUGCAACUGGGGGCGGCUGGAGGCGGCAAGUUGCGCCAAUGGAUUGCAUUGGAAUCAGGAGCGAAUGAAUUGCGACUGGCCCAUUAACGCUAAAUGCACUCAAAAUCCUACGGGGGAGAGCACCGAGAAUAGUUCGGAAGAGGAUGGUGAAUCUUUACAGGAAAUCGAUCAGGACAUUGACCGACCGCGACCAUCUGUUAAACCUACCACUACAACGACAACUACUACUACAACCACGACCGAGAUGCCUGUACUGGAACCGUUUUCCGGUUACUACAAAAUGGUUUGUUAUUUCACCAAUUGGGCAUGGUAUCGUAAAGGUUAUGGAAAGUACACUCCGGAUCACAUCAGAACAGAUCUGUGUACGCAUAUAGUAUAUGGAUUUGCGGUUUUGGAUUACUCGUCAUUAACUAUCAAGACGCAUGACUCAUGGGCCGAUAUUGAUAAUAAGUUUUAUUCGAGAGUCGUUGCCGCCAAAGAGAAAGGCGUAAAGGUAACGUUAGCUAUCGGUGGAUGGAACGACUCUGCGGGGGAUAAGUACAGUCGGCUGGUCAGAAGUGCAUCUGCACGGGCAAGGUUUAUCGAGCACGUCGUCGUAUUCCUCGAGAAAUACGGCUUCGACGGUUUGGAUCUUGAUUGGGAGUAUCCGGUCUGUUGGCAGGUGGACUGCAAGAAAGGAUUCGCUGAUGAAAAGGAGGGAUUUACCAGCUUGGUGCGCGAACUUUCCGAAGCCUUCAAACCCAGAGGAUGGCUACUGUCGGCCGCCGUGUCGCCUAGUAAGACUGUGAUUGAUGCUGGCUAUGAUGUGCCGCAACUGGCAAAGUACUUCGAUUGGAUUGCUGUUAUGACCUACGAUUUCCACGGUCAGUGGGAUAAGAAAACUGGACACGUUGCUCCGCUCUAUCAUCAUCCCCUUGAUGAAAUUGAUUUCUUUAAUUCGAACUAUUCCAUUAACUACUGGAUAGAACAAGGAGCACCUGCAAGAAAGAUCGUCAUGGGAAUGCCACUCUACGGACAAUCGUUUGGAUUGGCUGAUACGAAAAAGAACGGAUUGAACUCGAAAGCUCCCGGCCCAGGACAAGCUGGAGAGUUUACGCGAGCAGCUGGUUUUCUAGCUUAUUACGAGAUCUGCGACCGCAUCCAAAACAAAGGAUGGACGGUUGUACAAGAUGACUUGAAACGAAUGGGACCUUACGCUUACAAUGCCAAUCAAUGGGUCUCAUUUGAUGACAAGGAGUCUUUGCUCAGAAAAGUGAGCUUCAUUCGAGCAAUGAACCUUGGUGGUGGUAUGAUUUGGGCACUAGACUUGGAUGACUUCAAAAAUCGUUGCGGACAAGGACACCAUCCAUUAUUGACUGCAAUCAGAGAGGGACUUCGAGAUCCUCCGACCAAUCAUGAAGAGAUGCCACCAGUUGUUUCCGAAUCUGACAACCAAGAGCCUCAAAGCACUGCAAGGCCAAAUAUGGUACAAGCUAAUAGUGACUCGGGUCAUGAACAUCAUCACGAAUCAACACAUUCAUUUGAUCAGGACGAGAAAGCAGCGGAUUUGGAUUAUGACUAUAAAGUUGUUUGCUACUUUACCAAUUGGGCUUGGUAUCGACAGGGAAAUGGAAAAUAUGUUCCGGAAGAUAUUGAUCCAGACUUGUGCACGCAUAUUGUGUACGGCUUCGCAGUACUAGAUCGUGACAAUCUCGUUAUUAAACCUCACGACUCCUGGGCCGAUAUUGACAAUCGGUUCUACGAGCGCGUCGUAGAGUGGAAAAAGAAAGGCAAAAAGGUUACGGUAGCUAUUGGAGGAUGGAACGACUCGGCGGGAGAUAAAUACAGUCGAUUGGUUCGGAAUCCAGCGGCAAGAAGAAAUUUCAUAGCUAAUGUUGUAGCGUUUAUCGAGAAAUAUGGAUUCGAUGGUUUGGAUCUAGAUUGGGAAUAUCCCGUAUGCUGGCAAGUUGAUUGUACGAAAGGUUAUGCGGAUGAGAAGGAAGACUUUGCCAGUUUGGUAGUAGAACUGUCGAAAAAGUUCAAGCCUAGGGGGUUACUUCUCUCCUCUGCUGUGUCACCUAGCAAAAAAGUUAUCGAUGCAGGCUACGAGGUUGCCACACUUUCUGAUUAUAUGGACUGGGUGGCUGUGAUGGCUUAUGAUUAUCAUGGUCAGUGGGAUAAGCAAACUGGACAUGUUGCACCAAUGUACGAGCAUCCGGAUGACUUCGAUAAAACUUUCAAUGCUAACUUUACAAUUCAUUAUUGGAUACAACAAGGAGCUGAUCCUCGCAAAUUGGUAAUGGGAAUGCCAAUGUAUGGGCAGUCGUUUUCUCUUGCAGAUAGAAAUCAACACGAUCUUAACGCAAAGACUUAUGGCGGUGGAGAAGCUGGAGAGUAUACUAGAGCAAGAGGAUUUCUUUCAUACUAUGAGAUAUGUGACAAAAUAAUAAACAAAAAGUGGACGGUGGUGCGUGACCGCAAAGGUCGAAUGGGUCCGUAUGCGUACAAAGGCGAUCAGUGGGUGUCGUUUGAUGAUCAGUUCAUGGUUCGGCAUAAAAGCGAAUACGUUCAAGCAAUGGGCCUUGGCGGUGCAAUGAUUUGGGCUCUCGAUCUCGAUGAUUUCCGCAACUCCUGCGGUUGUGAGGAGUAUACUUUAUUGCGAACCAUCAACAGAGUGUUGAGAAAUUAUCCUGGACCUGGUCCUAAAUGUGUUCUCAAAUCUGAAUCGCAACCGACGCAAGCAACAAUGGUACCAGUAAGCUCAACUCGGAAGCCGACCACAACGGCUACCGAGCGCAUAACUACCACAGCUGCUUCGAGAAGACCAACAACUUCCAAGCAAAGAACUUCAAUGAAACCAACUUACACAACUACUACUGAAGCUUCAGAUUAUGAUGAAACGUGGAACGAAGUGAAUAAUCAGCAAAUGUGUACAGACGGACAACUUUUUGUACCACACGCAAGUGACUGCGAAAAAUAUUACAUUUGUCAGUACGGUAAACUAUAUGAGCAACGUUGUCCUGGAGGGCUGUACUGGAGUGGUGAUCAUUGUGACUGGCCACAAAACACCAAAUGUCAAAGCCAGCAACCGCGACCCUCGUCUACCACGAACCGCCCCAGCUAUUCGACAACGCAGCGAUCUACAACACCUUCAAUAUGGACAACGACUACCGAAGCGCCAAAACGAACGACGCCGCGCACAACUACAGUUUGGUGGUCUCCGGAAACGACAACUACGAAACGACCCACCAGACCGCCUGCGGAAUUCGAACUAACCGGCAGUAACGACUACAAAGUGGUGUGUUACUUCACAAACUGGGCCUGGUACCGGCAAGGGGAUGGAAAGUAUACACCGGAUGAUAUCGAUGAUAACUUGUGUACCCACAUCGUUUACGGGUUUGCCGUCUUGGAUAGAGAAACUAUGACCAUCAAAACGCAUGAUUCAUGGGCCGAUAUUGAUAACCGAUUCUAUGAAAGGGUGGUUGAGCAUAAGCGUAACGGGAUAAAAGUAACGCUCGCACUAGGUGGAUGGAAUGACUCCUUAGGAGACAAAUACAGUAAGCUAGUUAGGAACCCGUCGUCCCGGGCAAGGUUUGUGAAACAAGCGGUAGAGUUUAUAGAGAAAUACGACUUCGAUGGACUGGAUUUGGACUGGGAAUAUCCGGUUUGCUGGCAGGUUGACUGUAAGAAAGGUUUUCCCGAUGAAAAAGAAGGAUUUGCGGAUUUAGUGAAAGAAUUGGCAGUUGAGUUUCGACCAAGGAAAUGGCUUCUGUCGGCAGCUGUAUCUCCUAGUAAAAUGGUCAUAGACGCCGGCUAUGACGUGCCUGUUUUGGCUGAAUAUUUCGAUUGGAUUGCCGUCAUGACUUAUGACUUUCAUGGAAACUGGGAUAAGCAGACUGGCCACGUGGCUCCACUGUAUUACUAUCCAGGUGAUACGUACGACUAUUUCAACGCAAACUUCUCUAUUAAUUAUUGGAUUGAAAAUGGGGCUCCAUCGCGGAAGUUGGUGAUGGGUAUGCCCUUGUAUGGUCAAUCAUUCUCUCUAGCAGAUUCUUCCCGAAACGGUUUGAACGAGAAAUCGUAUGGACCAGGUGAGGCAGGUGAAUUCACUCGUGCCGGCGGUUUCCUUGCCUUUUACGAAAUAUGCGAAAAGGUCAAUUUCGCUCGAUGGUCAGUGCAGCGUGAUGACGAAGGAAGAAUUGGUCCGUAUGCGUAUCACGGAAACCAGUGGGUCUCCUAUGAUGAUGUUGAGGAGAUCCGAAGGAAAACCCAGUAUCUGAAACAAAUGAAUCUCGGAGGUGGAAUGAUCUGGGCUUUAGAUUUGGACGAUUUCAGAGGUCGCUGUGGAUGCGGCAGACAUCCGUUACUCAGAACCAUGAAUCAAGAGCUCGGCCGGAUUACUACAAAACGACCGGAAAACUGUACUUAAUUUAAUGCUAUGGUUUAUCCCGUUUAGAAAAGCUACCAUACUAAUCAACGAAAAGAACUGAUUUAAAUAAAGUUAUAA